AUGGAAAAGUAUCGAAAAGUCAAAGUUGUUGGAAAAGGCAGUUUUGGGCAUGCUGUGCUCGUGCAAAGCACAAUUGACCGUAAGCUUUACAUCAUGAAAAUUAUUGAUGUUUCGAGGAUGGAUAGAAAACAAAAAGAAGAAGCGCUCAAUGAAGUUCAUGUUUUAAAAGCCAUGAGACAUCCUUAUAUUGUCACUUAUAGGGAGAGCUUUAUGGAUAAGAAAUGUUUAUGCAUAGUUAUGGAUUAUGCAGACGGCGGAGAUAUGUAUACAAAAAUUGCUAACUCCCCUCACUCUGUGAGCGAACAAAACCAUUGGAAGAAUCCCUAUUUUUUGAACGAAAACCCACCCUCCGUGAGCGAAAAAAAAUUUUGAUAUAUAAAGUGAUAAUUAUUAUAAUGAAAUCUCUCUAAUUCUGUUUUAUUUUAAACAGCUUGCAUUUUAAAAUGCAAACUUCACAAAUUAAAAUAAUAUUUGCUUUAAAAUUAUUUCGGAUAUUUUUUUUUUAAAUUUCGAAGAAGCUUUACUAUAUAAUAUUUAUAUAUAUAAAUUUGUUAUUUAAAAAAAUUGAACCCGUGAUCGGGCAAAAUGUUUUGUUAGCUCAUGGAGGGUAUGGGAGUAAGCAAAAACAAAUGGGAAAAGGAUUCCCUGAAAACGUAAUUCUUGAUUGAUUCGUUCAAAUUUGUCUAGCAAUUAAGCACAUUCAUGAUAGAAAAAUUCUUCAUCGAGAUCUAAAGACUCAAAAUGUCUUUUUAACGUCUAAAGGAGAAGUAAAAAUAGGAGAUUUCGGAAUUUCAAGGGUCCUGCAGCAUACAUAUGACUGCGCACAAACAGCCAUAGGAACUCCAUACUAUCUAUCUCCCGAAAUUUGUCAAGAAAAGCCAUAUAAUCAAAAAUCAGAUAUAUGGAGUUUGGGCUGCAUCCUUUAUGAAAUCGUCACCCUCAGGCAUGCUUUUGACGCAAGCUCAAUGAAAGGACUUGUCGUUAAAAUCCUAAGAGGCACUUAUCCUUCCAUUCCUUCAGUCUAUUCUCAAAACCUACGAGACUUGAUUGACGAAAUGCUACAAAAAGAUCCCCACAAGCGCCCUUCAGUAAAGCGAAUCCUAGAAAAAGACUUUUUAAGUGCAAGAAUUCCUGAACUUUUAUCACAAACAAUAGCCAAGCAUGAAUUCGGGAAAUCUUUUCUAUCAAAAGAAAUCAGCCCCAAUGAAGAAAGAAGGGCAAGCUUAAAAGAAGACCCUUUGUCUAGCGCCACAAAAGAUUCACAUACUAGGGACGAGAACUCUAGACCUCAUACACCUGCUGAAGAAAGGAAAAAGGAAAGAGUUUUGCAGCCAAGGAAUAGAAAUGAGCCAGCUGAAGAAGAAAAGAAAAGAGUAUCUAAAGAUGAGUCCAGGUAUGAAGAUAUCGUCAAAUGCUUAAGAGAAGGACCGGAGUCUGCUAACAGCGAAGAAGAGGAAUCCUUUGAAGAAAACCAGCCUGCAAGGGCAAAUUUCCUGACUCCUGAAGGAGUCCCUCUGCCAGGGAUAAGUGACAGUGAUUCAGCUUUUGCAAGAAUUGAAACACUGAGGUGUUAUUUAGAGUCUCGAAUUGGGAUAUCUAAAUUUAUGCAAGCUUAUGACUAUUUAUCAGUAAUUUCUAAUUACUUCCCACUUUAAAUUAGACAAAAAUCGGUAAAAUUUACAUUUUUUGGGUAAUUUUUAUAAAAUUAGUUUUGACAAAUUUAUGGAAAAAGUUAAAGACAAAUAUUAUUUUUAAAUAAUUUUCACUUACUCCCCCCCCCCCCCUCCGUGAGCGAACAAAACCAUUAGAAAAAUCACCAUUUUUUGACCAAAAACCCACCCUCCGUGAGCGAACAAAAUUUUUUUUAUAGAAAAAAUUUUAAUGGAAAAAAAAUUUUGAUAUAUAAGUGAUAAUUAGUAUAAUGAAAUCUAGAGCUAAUUCUGUUUAAUUUUAAACAAAUUGCGUUUUAAAACAUAAAUUUUGCAAAUUAAAUUAAUAUUUGCUUCCCAUUUUUUGCAAAUUAGGAUUUUUUUAAAUUUCGAAAAAAUAUUUUUUAUAAAAUUUAUAUAUAAAUUUUUUUUAAAAAAAAAAAUUAACCCCCCUCCGUGAUUGAACAAAAUUUUUUUUGUUCGCUCACGGAGGGGGGGGGGGGGAGUUAAUUGAUUUAUUUUAUUCAUAAAAUCAUUAAAAUUCAAAAGCAGUUUGCUCAAUUUAUAUUUUUAAAAAAAAAAUAUAAUAAUUGCCCCACACCAGGAAUUGAACCCACAUGUGGGGCCAUUUUUGGUGUGUAGAAAUCGACUUCCACGCACCAAAAAUGGCCCCACACGUGGGUUCAAUUCCCGGUGUGGGGCAAUUUCUAUAACCCCCUUAAAAUUGGAAAAAAAAGUUUUUCGUUCCAAUUUAAAGGGGAGUUAGAAUCCUCCUCCUGAAGAUGAAGAAAACCAUCAACUCCACGACAUAAUUGGGCAAGAAAAUGUUAAAUUCAUACCUCUUAUAUAUCAAAUGAUAGUAUGUGAAGAUUCAUAUUAUACCGCAGCAAAUUCAAGAUAA